CAACAACCAACCAUAUACAUAAAGGCUGAAACUGAAACUCUUUAUUCGCCUUCGAAGUUCUAACUCCACUCCUCUUCUUCUUCUUCUUCCUCUUCCGUAACCGUAAGUAUUGUACUGUUUCUUGUAUAUAAGAAGGUUCUAGAAUCAAUCAGAUGGGCGGAGGUGGAGCGACGGUUAACGUGGAGGCUCAGUACUCAUCGGCGAAGACGUCGGUGUGGUGGGACAUCGAGAACUGCCAUGUUCCGAGAGGUUGUGAUCCACACGCCAUCGCCCAGAACAUUAGCUCUGCCCUCGUUCGCAUGAAUUACUGUGGUCCAGUUUCCAUCUCCGCCUACGGCGACACCACUCGCAUCACUGCCUCCGUUCAACACGCCCUCUCCAGCACCGGCAUCUCCCUCAACCACGUCCCUGCCGGCGUUAAGGAUGCAAGUGACAAGAAGAUUCUUGUAGACAUGCUGUUCUGGGCGGUGGACAAUCCUGCACCUGCUAAUUACUUAUUAAUUUCGGGUGAUCGAGACUUCUCCAAUGCUCUUCAUCAAUUGCGGAUGAGGAGGUAUAAUAUUCUUCUUGCACAACCUCAGAAAGCGUCUGCACCCUUAGUUGCAGCUGCUAAGAGCGUGUGGCUUUGGACUAGCCUAUUAGCUGGAGGACCUCCUCUUACCAGCGGUGAAUCACAACAACUUGGUAAUAAUAGCCCACAAUCAUCUUCUGACACCUUGUCCAUUCCACUGUCUAAUGCUGUUCAGACAACACAACACUUGGAUUCCUACUCGGAACUCCAUUCAGGAAUUCAGAAAUUUCCUAAUACAAGAAGGCCAUUCGAUUCUAAACAUCAUGGGAAAAUGACUUGGAGAAGUCCAAGUCAACCAAAUGGACCUAUAGCCAUGAAUCCGGCUCCAAUUGGACUUCAAGAAAAUUUUAGCAAUAUAAACUCUUCUCGACCUGGCAACUAUAACUCUAAUGUACCCCCAAAUGGAUCUACUCCAAAUUUUAUUCGUCAUGUCAAUCCUGAUCAAUUGUGGAGCAAUAAUGGUAAUCUACAGGGCAAUCAUCAAAAUCCAUAUUCACAGCCAUUAAGAUCAAACAGUCUUCCUAUGCGACCUCCUUUUGUACCAAGUAAUUCAUAUUCUUCAAAUUCCCAAACUAAUGCAACUUCACUAGUGCCACCUAGGACUGUUGGGCCCAGCUUCUCUGCAGGACCACUUACUAAUGUGCCAGAUAUUGGUAAUAUAAACAUUUCUGGAUAUCCCAACGGAGCUCAUGAUCCACGUCCGGUUAAGCAAUGGAAUGGAGAGUUGAAACAGAGUUCUAAUAGUAUUACUCCAAAUCCUGUAAGGUCAAUUGAUGAACAAAAUGGACAUAUGGUACACAGCACACAACCAUUAUACAAUGGCUAUCCACAUGGUCCAGAAGAUCGGACUACAUCAUUGGCAGCAAUGGGUAAUAAUAACCUUCCUGGUAAUGGUAUGUGGGGAUCUCCAGGAUGCCCUAAACCUUCUGAAUAUGUCCAAGGGCUUAUAGGGGUUGUUUUACUAGCCUUGAACACACUAAAAACUGAAAAACUUAUGCCAACUGAGUCAAAUAUAGCAGAUUGCAUUCGAUGUGGAGAUCCCAAGCAUCGCAACACUGAUGUCAGGAAGGCUUUGGAGUGUGCUAUUGAGCAGCAGAUGGUGGUGAAGCAGAAUUUAGGUUCUUUGCAGUUGUAUGUUGGUAAGAAUGAUAAGCUUUGGAAGUGUGUAAAUCUUUUAGGUGGUAAUCCUAACAAGCACUCAAAAGAAACAUGGGAUGAAAUUCAAAAAUUUCUAACAACUCCUUCUGCAAGAUCAGCAAUAAUGGGUACUCAGUGCAAGUAUGAAGCAGGUAUUGUCAUUAAGAAUAUGUGCCUUAAAAGUCAUGCUUUGGGUGAUGUCCUACAUAUGUUAAACAUGGUGAUUACCCAUAAAAAAUGGAUUGUGCAUCAUCAGUCAGGCUGGCAACCACUUAACAUUACUCUUGCUGAGGUCAAUUCUGAUUCAGAGGUCAUAGCUGUCCCAUAACUGCACCCACCCAAAAAACACACGCAGAGAAAACCAAAGAGUUACUGAAUAUAUUACAAAACGGUUGGACUAGGUAAUUAGGAAUUAUUUAAAUAAACAUCUUUUUCUCGUGUGAAUCAAAGGUAGGUAGUAAUGGUGAACUGUAGUAUAAGUACUUUGAAUGAUGCAUCUUAUUGUUUGAUUAUUAGUAAGGUUCUUCGGUUCAGCUCGAGGGUGAAAUAAAGUAGUGUUUGGACAAUGGUUGAAACUUGAAACAUACAAAACCCUAGAGUUUCUUCCGGUUGUUGAGGUUGCAAAUUCUGGUUGCCACUAUGGCGUGUUAUACAUCAUAGUGGAUCUGUCUUGGAAUCAGUAUGCCUUCCUCAGUUAACUUUGGCUUCUGCCCAAUUUCUAUCUUCCUACAAAGUUAUAUUUUGCUUGGAGAUUGACUUAUUUGACUGAACUCCUCGGAUCCUUUGAUUGAAGCCUCCUAAAUAGCGUCCAGGAUAUUGGCCAAGUAUGUGUUUCUGGAGGUAUAUAUAGCUUCAGGCAAGUUCGGUGACCAUCCACUGUGCUGUUUGUGUAUCACUUAAGAAGUGAUCUACCAAAUUAUAUUGUUCAGGGACUAUGUGGAAUGCAGUCCAGAAACUGUUGUAUGUCAUAUUGUUUGUUGGUUAUAUCUUCAAAAUGUUACAGGAAGUUUAACUACUAGACAGAGAAUACUUAAAUUGCUCGAGAUUGAAGAAAACUGCACUCUUAAGUUCCUCCAUGAAGAUCUCAAGGCAUGUUUCUGGCGUAUUUUCGCUAUGAACAAAUCACAUUAUGGAGUUUUUAGAAAUGAUCAAAGAUAGUGGAACCAAAUGGUAGUGAAUUCUAACGUCUCUGGUUGCUGAUGGUGCCUAUAGAGUUGUGAUGUUUUAUUAUAUAUUUGGAGUUGGCUUUUGGAAUGUUAUUCUUAAAGCAGAAUUGGGAAUUUAGGUCAUUCAGUUGGGAAUUGGUUUGUGGUCCAGCUGCUUUCUAUUUCCUUGUAAUGCUAUUAACUUAAUGUAUAAUAUGAAUAUAAUAUGCACUAUAUAAUAUAGAUUGUUUAAUGGUGUAUGCUACCAGCAUUUGAA